CGAGGAGAUGAACGGCGGGAAGAUGAACGGAAGUGCCGAGCUCACGCCUUCGCUGGCGGAAGUGACGUCGUUGCUGCUGGGGAAUGCAGCGAAGAAUAUCGAGUCCCAGGGCAACACGGUCCCUGUAUACAUGAGCAUGCCUGCCGACCUACUGACGCCGGUCAUGGCUUACCUUCGGCUUUCGAAUGGCGCUUCCGAUCAAAAGAGGAGCUUUCUCUGCGAGAGCGUGCAGACGGGAGAGAAGAUCGGGAGAUACAGCUUCAUUGGAUGUGACCCAUACAAGACCAUCAGGUCUGGGCCUGGCCUCGAUGUGGAAGGAGACCCGCUUGUGGCCAUCCAAAAGGAGCUCGACCAAUUCAAAUACGUUCCCCUUCCUGCGUUGCCAAAGUUCACUGGAGGUGCUAUGGGGUACGUCGCUUACGAUUGCGUUCAGUACUUUGAGCCGAGGACUGCGCGGCCUGGUCUCAAGGACGCGAUCGGGAUUCCAGAGAGCGUCUUCAUGUUCUGCGACUCGAUUAUCAUCUUUGACCACAUCUAUCAGUCGAUCAAGUUCGUCUCGCAUGUCCACCUCCGGUCCGCGGAAGGAACAUCAGUGCUGGCAGACGACAUUGCAAAGCUGUACAGUGUCGCGGCGGAAAAGGUGCAGAGGCUGUAUCAGUCGGUGGCAGGGAGCGAUGUGACACCGCUGCCACACCAGCCUCCGAUCCUCAAGGGCCAGGAGGCUGUGUCCAACGUGGGCAAGUCGGGCUACGAGUCGUUUGUCACUUCGCUUCGCAAAAACAUCGUCAAGGGUGACAUCAUUCAAGCUGUCCCUUCGCAGAGGCUGGCACGCAAGACGACGCUGCAUCCUUUCAACGCCUAUCGGCACCUGAGGCAGAUCAACCCGAGUCCAUACAUGUUCUACAUUGAUGCUGGCGAUGCGAAGAUUGUCGGUGCCAGUCCUGAGACGCUAUGCAAGGUCGAAGGGGGUAAAGUCAGCGUGCAUGCCAUCGCCGGCACUAUUAAGCGAGGCAAGACGGCGCAGGAGGACGACGAGCUGGCGCAGGAACUGGCAACCUCAACGAAGGACCGUGCAGAGCAUGUCAUGCUCGUCGACCUGGCGCGCAACGACGUCAGCCGGGUGUGUGACCCACGCACGACCGAGGUCGAGACGUUUAUGCGCGUCGAGAGAUUCAGCCAUGUCAUGCAUCUGACAAGCCGCGUGACGGGCAUGCUCCGCAAGGGAAAGACAAGAUUCGAUGCCCUCCGAUCCAUCUUUCCCGCCGGCACCGUUUCGGGCGCUCCCAAGAUCCGCGCCAUCGAGCUCGUCAGCGACCUCGAGGGCGAGAAGAGGGGCGUGUAUGCAGGCGCCGUCGGCCACAUUGACUUUGCAAGCGAGGAGAUGGACGUCUGUAUCGCCAUCCGCACCAUGACAUUCACUGGCACACCAGAGGCGAGGACUGCCUACUUACAAGCCGGUGGCGGCAUCGUCUAUGAUAGCGUAGAAGAGGACGAGUACGUGGAGACGAUUAACAAGCUGGGCGCAAAUGUUCGAUGCCUUGAUCAGACCGAGGCAUUCUACCUCGAGCAGCAGCAGAAACAAGAGCAAGAGCAAUGAGGGGUGGAAGGAAGGUGCCAAGAAGGUGGCCAUGUUGUAAGAAUCACUUUCUCUUUACUCUCGCUUUUCUAAUAAGCCAAGGCUUUUCGAACGACGUCAUCUUCAAUCAACGUCUUUGUGAUGGC